AUGUCAGCCGAUCAUGAGACCCAAGGCGACAUGGAUGAGAGCCAACUUCCGGGCCCUGGUGCCCCAACCCCGCUCUCUGCGCUUGAGGGUGUUGCGGGAUUGAGUGGGAGAGAUAUCAAGUUGUUUGUCGAUGCUGGAUACCACACCGUCGAGGCAGUGGCUUACACGUCGAAGCGAUUACUGGAGCAGAUCAAGGGAAUCUCGGAGCAGAAGGCUACUAAGAUCUUAGUUGAAGCUGCAAAAUUAGUUCCCAUGGGAUUCACAACGGCGACCGAGAUGCAUGCCCGACGAAGUGAGCUCAUAUCCAUUACAACAGGAUCCAAGAGGCUCGACACCCUCCUAGGUGGUGGUGUCGAGACUGGCUCAAUUACCGAGAUUUUUGGUGAAUUUCGAACGGGAAAAAGUCAGAUCUGUCAUACACUUGCGGUUACCUGUCAGUUACCCUUUGAUAUGGGUGGCGGCGAAGGAAAGUGUCUAUACAUCGACACGGAGGGAACCUUUCGACCUGUCCGGCUUCUUGCCGUAGCACAGAGGUUUGGCCUUGUGGGAGAGGAAGUUCUCGAUAAUGUGGCAUAUGCCCGUGCCUAUAACUCCGACCAUCAGCUGCAGCUGCUCAAUCAGGCGUCUCAGAUGAUGUGCGAGACCCGAUUUUCGCUCCUUGUGGUUGACUCGGCGACCGCGUUGUAUCGGACAGAUUUCAACGGACGUGGAGAGUUGUCAUCCAGACAGACACACCUUGCUAAAUUCAUGCGCACAUUACAGCGCUUGGCUGAUGAGUUCGGCAUUGCGGUUGUGAUCACGAACCAGGUUGUGGCGCAAGUUGACGGUGGCCCCAGUGCGAUGUUCAACCCCGAUCCCAAGAAGCCUAUUGGAGGUAACAUUAUUGCCCAUGCCAGUACAACACGACUUAGCUUGAAGAAAGGUCGCGGUGAGACUCGAGUGUGCAAAAUUUACGACAGCCCGUGUCUUCCAGAAAGUGAUUGUCUCUUUGCAAUCAACGAAGAUGGCAUUGGUGACCCUAACGAGAAGGACAUGGAAGACUGA